AGAUGAUUGUUUCUUUAGGAGGAUUACAAAUCCGAGGACGGUGACGAUGCGGCUAACACCUACACCGGUGAGAAGUCGUUCUUUGCCCCCUCAGAAGGGACCUCUUUCCACGCGAAUUCGUUCAUGGAGCUUAAUCUGUCAAGGCCAUUGCUUCGAGCUUGCGAAGCAUUGGGCUACACUAAGCCGACGCCAAUUCAGGCAGCCUGCGUACCACUGGCCUUAUCGGGGCGUGAUAUAUGCGGGAGUGCAAUUACUGGUUCUGGAAAGACUGCUGCCUUUGCCUUACCUACUCUGGAGAGAUUAUUGUACCGUCCAAAACGUGCACCAGCAAUUCGAGUUCUUAUUCUUACUCCAACCAGGGAGUUGGCUGUUCA